UGAAGAACAUGUCUCGGCUCUGCUCAAACUCAAAACAAACCUCUCCCAAGCCGACAUGAAUACCAUCACAUCCACUGUGCUGGACACACUAAAAGAAAGCUAUACUGGUGGUGAAACCCGGAGGUUUUUCUCCAAUGUUGUAGUGAUGAGCCCUUCAUUUCCAACAUGUAUUACGUCAUGCAGUGGAUAAGAUGAGUUGAAUUCCAGUGCUUUCAGUCUGUCAGUAAGGAUGUACAAAGUGGCUGCCAUGGACAAGCCUGAUUCUAAUGUUACAGGUACUAUAACAAACAUCACUCUGUGUGUGACCACAUGUGACCAGAUUGCAGGAGAGAGUCUUUCCUCUCUGCAUUUUUGCAUUUUGUGUUGUAUUGUGAAAUGUGCUCUUUGCAUGAUGCUACAGUACUUUAGAAUUUAAUGACUCUGUAUCUUUUAAUAUGUUAGAUUUGUCUCUAACAGACGAUGUCACGAUUUGUGAGGCAAACCGUGUGGAGACAAGAGAUGUGGACCCAAACGCAGACAAAAUAGAUGCAGGAGAAUGUUUAAAUUGAAGACGAGCCUUUAUUAGCACUUGAAAAGCAACUAGUGAGGGGAACAGUCACUAGCGAGGGGUACUAACAAAACCUACACUGAGAGAAGCUAACAUGAAACCUGAAACAAAGAAUGAGGAAACCUGAAAACUGGCAACACAGGUAGAGGAAUGCAGGAAAAGAUGAACAGGGGAUGAUAUGCAGACGAGGAACAGAGGUUAACGCACUAAAUAUGCACAGAACGUGAAAGCAAAACACUGAAAACAGGACACAAGACUCGCCAAAGUAAAACAGAAAACAUGAGACAGUUCACAAUGAUCCAGACUACACACUAAGACAUGGAAACGAGACAGACCUGGGAACACAGGAAACAGAAGCAGAGACCCUAUACUAAAUCUAUACUAAACAUGAGGGUCACAGGAAACAAAAGCUAGAGGACAGGACAGUGACAGAUGAUAAUGAAACAUGAUAACACACUUGAGAAAUGUAUUUACAUCAAAAAGUCCGUCAUGUCAGUUUUGCAGCAUUUGGCUGAAUAUGUAUCCAUGUACACCUCAGAAUCCCCCCUGCUGCUACUAUCAGCAGUCACAUCUAAAUCAACACCAGUGGUCGGGUUACACUGGCAGCCAGUUUUCAGACUUUUUGUUGUGUCUCAGGGGAAAUGAUAAUCAGCCUAAGUGUUGCUUUUUAUUUACUUAUUUAUUAUUUUUGAAAGAUCAUCACUUGUGUGUUAUUUGUUAUUCCAUUUUGUACAGUUAAACUUUCUCCUUAUUUCUUGUCUUAGAGGUGCAGGCUUCUCUCUUAAAACAUCGUCACCACGUGCUCUGCUUCACUUGGACGUAAACAUAGUUUUGUACACAGAGAAAUGGGGGGGAGGAAAUGUGCAUGUUUGUUCCGGAUGCUUCUGAUUUACUAACAUAUGCACCGUGGUGACAAUAAAAUAGGCUGGCAUGCACGUUUCACAAAUGGGAUUUUGCGUUUGAUUUCUGCACAGGGUAAAAAUAUUUCCAGGCAAAUAUUAGUAAAUGAGGCUCAUUAUCUCCCCAUGUUUCACAGAUAAUGUGGUCGUGAAAUCGGUCACAUGCUCUCUCCUCCUGAUUUUCUCUUCCCAUGGUUCUGAUACAAGUUAAUCUUGGUUUCAUCUUUUGAAAUAUAAUUUUUCGAGAACUGUGCGUCUGUUAGAUGUUUUCUGGCAAAGUCUAAUCUGACCUUCUUGUUCCUCAGUGUAACCUCAUGUUUGCACCUUGUUGUAAACUCUGUGUAUUUACAAGACACAAGAUGAGAGUUUUAUGUCAUGGUGGACUCAGACACACAGGCUUUACACCUAAACAGCAUUGAUGACCCUGGAUAAUAAUAACUCUGCUGGAAGUGUUUUCUAGUCUUCUAUUACUGUAUUAGAUACUGCUGAAAUAAUAUAACCGACGUCUUGUAACAACAUGGAUAAAUAAUACUCUGAUGCACUGGAACAUUGUUUCACAUGUAACCUUAUAGCGAAGUUUUCAUUUUGAUAUUAUCUAUUAGUUUUUCUCAGUGUUGUAAAUAAUACUAUACUAUAAUAUAAGGUACUGCUUUUAAAAAAUGUACACAACCACUGAAAAAAGUCAGAAUUUCUGCAAUAAUUUAUGUUUGUUUCUUGGUUUAUGCAAGUUAGUAUAGAAUAAGUCUUUAUUUUUGUAUUUAUACAAGAAUAAAUAAUAAAUGGAAAUAUCGUGUUUACAGUGAAGUAAUAAAGUACACUCUUUAAAAUAUUAUCCUUUGUCCUGUCAUAUUUGUUGUGUUUGACAUCAGACACAGAAACGUGACAUAUUUCACAUCAAACGUAUAUAUUAUGUUAAUCUGCUCAUGUGUGUUAUUUUGUAAAGGUAAC